AUGGCCUAUGUUUCCGAUGAAUUAAAAGCAGCCGCCUUGGUAGAUGAAGACGCAGACCGAGAAGAUCACACGGCAAAUGGAGAACCCUCGGCUAAGUACAUAUGUCCAGAAAAGGAACUCAGCAAGACGUGCCCCAGUUACCAGAAUUCUCCAGCUGCUGAAUUUUCCAGCCACGAAAUGGACAGCGAAUCCCACAUCAGUGAGACCAGUGAUCGAAUGGCUGACUUUGAAAACAGCUCCAUCAAGAUCGAAGAAGAGACGAAAGAUGUCUCCGUGCCCUUGGAAGACACCACCGCCAUCUCAGACAGCCUGGAGCAGAUGAAGGCUGUGUACAACAAUUUCCUGUCCAACUCCUAUUGGUCCAACCUCAAUCUCAACCUCCACCAGCCCUCGUCGGAGAAGAACACCGGUGGGAGCAGCAGCAGCAGCAGUAGCAGCAGCAGCAGCUGUGGCAGCAGUAGCUUUGAUUGGCAUCAGAGUGCCAUGGCUAAGACCCUACAACAGGUGUCACAGAGUCGCAUGCUGCCUGAGCCCAGCCUCUUCAGUACUGUGCAGCUGUAUCGGCAGAGUAGCAAGCUCUACGGCUCCAUCUUCACAGGGGCCAGCAAGUUCCGCUGCAAGGAUUGCAGUGCGGCCUAUGACACCCUGGUAGAGCUGACGGUGCACAUGAACGAGACAGGCCACUACCGUGAUGAUAACCACGAGACAGACAGUAAUAACCCCAAACGGUGGUCCAAGCCACGCAAGCGCUCUUUGCUGGAGAUGGAAGGGAAAGAAGAUGCUCAGAAAGUCCUCAAGUGCAUGUACUGCGGGCACUCCUUUGAGUCCCUGCAGGAUCUGAGCGUGCACAUGAUCAAAACAAAACACUACCAGAAAGUGCCUCUUAAGGAACCGGUCACUCCCGUGGCCGCAAAAAUCAUCCCUACCACGCGGAAAAAAGCAUCGCUGGAAUUGGAGCUCCCCAGCUCCCCGGAUUCCACAGGGGGAACCCCCAAAGCCACCAUCUCGGAUACCAAUGAUACGCUCCAGAAGAACUCCAACCCUUACAUCACGCCAAAUAACCGGUACGGCCACCAGAAUGGGGCCAGCUAUGCCUGGCAUUUCGAAGCCCGCAAAUCCCAGAUCCUCAAGUGUAUGGAGUGUGGCAGUUCCCACGAUACGCUGCAGGAGCUCACAGCCCACAUGAUGGUCACGGGCCACUUCAUCAAGGUCACCAACUCAGCCAUGAAGAAGGGGAAACCCAUCAUGGAGACGCCGGUCACCCCCACUGUCACCACCCUACUGGAUGAAAAGGUCCAGUCAGUGCCCCUGGCAGCCACCACCUUCACAUCCCCCUCCAACACGCCCGCCAGUGUCUCCCCCAAACUGAACUUAGACAUCAAGAAGGAAGUGGAGAAAGACAAAGUUGGCACAGAGGAGAAGCCGAAGGACAAAGAGAAGCCCAGCGAGGAAGAGGAGAAGUAUGAUAUUUCCUCCAAGUAUCAUUAUUUGACGGAGAAUGACUUAGAGGAGAGCCCGAAGGGGGGCUUGGACAUCCUCAAAUCUUUAGAAAACACAGUGACGUCUGCCAUCAACAAGGCUCAGAAUGGCACCCCUAGCUGGGGAGGUUACCCCAGCAUCCAUGCUGCCUACCAGCUUCCCAACAUGAUGAAAUUGUCUUUGGGCUCCUCUGGGAAGAACACGGCCUUGAAACCCUUGUUUGGCAGCAAUGAGAUUGUAUCCCCCACAAAAAGCCAGGCCCUGAUCUCACCCCCCAGUAGCCAAACAUCCCCAAUGCCCAAAACCAAUUUCCACGCCAUGGAAGAACUGGUAAAGAAAGUCACCGAGAAAGUCGCCAAGGUGGAGGAGAAAAUGAAGGAGCCUGAAGCCAAACUGUCCCCGCCCAAGAGGGCCACCCCUUCUCCGUGUGGCAGUGAACUGAGCGACCCCAUCAAGACGGAAGCCGCCAACGACGGGAGCUUUAAAAGCCAAGAGGGGAGCCCCAGCAGCCCCCCUCGGGAUGGCUGCAAAGAGGGGAGCCCCAAGGCAGAACCGGUGGAGAACGGUAAAGAGCUGGCAAAGCCCCUGAGCAGUAGCCUGAGUGGCAGCACCGCCAUCAUCACCGAACACCCCCCGGAGCAACCCUUUGUGAACCCUCUGAGUGCCCUGCAGUCGGUAAUGAACGUGCACUUGGGCAAGGCUGCCAAGCCCUCCCUGCCCACCUUGGACCCCAUGAGUAUGCUUUUCAAGAUGAGCAACAGUCUGGCGGAGAAGGCGGCCGUGGCUACCCCGCCGCCACCCCUGCCUCUGGCCAAAAAGGCUGACCACCUGGAUCGUUAUUUUUACCACGUCAACAACGAUCAACCUAUAGAUCUGACGAAAGGCAAGAGUGACAAAGGCUGUUCCGGGGGCUCAGGGCUUUUAUCCCCCACGUCCGCCUCCCCCGCCACCUCUUCAUCUCUGGUGACAACGGCCAAGACAUCCGCCGUCGUCUCCUUCAUGUCAAACUCGCCGCUGCGCGAGAACGCCUUGUCAGACAUCUCUGAUAUGCUGAAGAACUUGACAGAGAGCCACACGUCCAAAUCCUCCACUCCUUCCAGCAUCUCGGAGAAGUCUGACAUUGACGGGACCGCCCUGGAGGAGGCCGAGGAGGCCACACCUGCGCAGAAGAGAAAAGGGCGUCAGUCCAACUGGAACCCACAGCAUCUACUGAUCCUCCAGGCCCAGUUCGCCGCCAGCCUGAGACAAACCUCAGAGGGCAAAUACAUCAUGUCUGACCUGAGCCCUCAGGAGCGCAUGCACAUCUCCCGGUUCACCGGGCUCUCCAUGACCACCAUCAGUCACUGGCUGGCCAACGUGAAGUACCAGCUUCGAAGGACAGGUGGGACAAAGUUCCUGAAAAACUUGGACACUGGCCACCCUGUGUUUUUUUGUAACGACUGUGCAUCCCAGAUCAGGACUCCAUCCACUUACAUUAGUCAUUUGGAGUCACAUCUAGGUUUUCGGUUACGAGACUUAUCCAAAUUGUCCACCGAACAGAUUAAUCAUCAAAUAGCACAAACCAAGUCGCCAUCAUCAGACAAACUGGUGACCUCCUCCCCAGAGGAAGACUUAGGGACCUCGUAUCAGUGUAAGCUUUGCAACCGGACCUUUGCCAGCAAGCAUGCCGUGAAGCUUCACCUUAGCAAAACACACGGGAAGUCGCCCGAGGACCAUCUUCUGUAUGUGUCUGAGCUGGAGAAGCAGUAGCAUUUGCUUCUGCUGGCGAAUGCUUGCAGUGUUGCUUUGAGAGAAAACUGUUUGAAGGCACCUUAAGGCCAUUCUAUCUUGUUUCUUGGGUACAUGUUCUUAUGUUAACUAUGGAGAAUUAUUCUGGGCCGGACUGGUUUUUUUUUUUUUUGUAUAACUGUACAGUGUUUAAUAGAGGUGCAUAAUCAGCUGUUAACUGGUAUAAAAUAAUGAAGG